GUUAGUUAAACGCAUGCGCAGUGAGACGAAAACAAAAAUCCGCGGGAAUAACAAAAUGUCGUACAAGGCCAUUUAGCAACUUGGCGAAUUUGGACUUUUUUAUCAGGAAAUUCGCGUAUGUUAGGCCAAGGGGAAAAAUAGAGAAAUAGGAAUGGGGAGGUCAAAGAAUGUUCUCAAUGGAAAUCGCAGGAGAUCGGCAAAGAAGACGGAGAAGGAAUCCGCUAGCAUGUCUAAGAAAAGGCGUCUGUCAGCAGAAGCUGCUGUUAAUAAUAGUUUGUUUGGAAGGCUUGUAAGAGGUGCUGGGAUUUUUCUAAAAGCUGGUACUUUCCAAGAUGAGAUUGGAGUUGAUGUCUCAAUUUUCCAGAAGAAACUAAUAGCUGCUCUAAAAGCUCAAACAAACACAUCUGAGGUUGUUGAGGAGUUUAUUGAAGGUUUGCAAGAGCAUACUGAAAGUCCAGAAAGAUUUCGCUUGAGCCUUUUGCCAAUUGUGGUUGCUGAAGAGAGUGAAGGAAGUAUCCAUGGUAACAAUCAAGAAAGUAUGAUGCGAAUAUUCCUUGGAAUUGAUAUUCUCCAGCCUUCUGUUGCCAAUAUGCUUCUGGAGAAACUCCCAGAAUUCACAGAUGAUGAUGACAGAGGUACAACUGAAGUAAACACAUCGAAUCUCAUCUUAAAUCAGUUCAGAUGGCUUGAUAGGAUUUACAAAAGCAAGGAUUUAACCCAGAAGAUGCUAGAUAUGGUCACCAUCACCUCUUGUGAUGUCCAACAUGAAAUCAUCACCUGUCUCCCUGAGGUUGUUGACGAUGCUGAGCACAUAGAAGUGGCUAGACAACUAAGGGAGUUGCUCCUACAAAAUACAGACCUGACAGUUCCUAUUCUUGAUGCUCUUACAAACCUAAACCUGAGACCUGAGCUCCUAGCAGAGGUCCGUGCCUCAGUACUCCAAAUGCUGCCCUCAGUGGAACUUGACGAUCUUCCUGUUGUCACGAAAUUCAUUCUUCAGUCUGUCUCAGAUACUGACGCCUUUGAGGUCAUGUCAGAGUUGCGCGAAAACUUUGAUUUCACCUCUUCACUUAUGCCAGAUUCUGCAUCCACUCCAGCCAAUCAAAGUAGAUCUAAGGGGACUUCAUCAGGUGGAAACAAGAAUGGGGAGCUCCUCACCCUUGACGCAAUCUGCUCAGGGAUAAGGUUCCAGAAAUCUGUAGCAGAGGGCUGGAUCAAGGCAAUAGAAUCUGUCACAUCGUCUGCUAAACACAAGGUUAUUGACCUGUUUGUCCUCCUGAUUCUUCACUCUACUGGAAACCGCAAGAAAGCAGUAGAGAGCCUAUUCAGAAAUAAGAUAAAGACUGGUCACUUUACAGAGGAGAUGCUAUCUGCUGCCUUCUGUUCCCAUUCCCAGAUUCUCCGUGAGUACUUCACAGACUUGCUAUCACUGAGUGAGGUACUCCUGCGGUCACCAGACCACUCCGUCUGCUCUUAUGCAUGUUCCAUAUACAGAUUGGCCUUCCUGGCCUUCGACUUGUACUGUCAGCAGGAGAUCAUUGGCUCACUUGUCACUCACAUCGGUAGUGGUUAUGCUUCUGAAGCUGACGCCUCACUGGAUGUGCUGUCUGUACUUGUGGAGUCGCACACGCCCACUAUGGCACCAUUCGCUGUGUUUAUCAAGGGGAUUCUGGACUACCUGGAUAACCUGACCAUGAGUCAGAUUCGAAAGGUUUUCUCCAUGCUAACCACCCUAGCUUUCCACAACCCAAUGGAAGGGGCGAUGAUCCAGGACGAUGUGCACAUUGUCAUCAGAAAACAGCUUGCUAGCAACUGCCCCAAGUACAAGCGCAUUGGCAUCAUUGGAACCAUUAUGAUAGUGCGUGGUAUGUCACGCAUCAGGUGUACAGAGGAUGAUGAUACUGUGGACACACAAUCCCAGCCGCAAACAUCUCUGACAAACGACGUAUACAGACAGGUGAUCAACUUGCUGGACAUGGUCCGGUCCAGCGUCAGUCGUGACCCCAUGGCUGCCGCUCUCUUCUAUGACGAGCUGUCACGCAUAGUGGCGCAGGACGACGUGGACGCCAAAGUCAAGCACUGGAUCAGUGAGACGGUGGUGUCAGAUUUCCAAGAUGACUUCCUUGUUGACCGCGAGGCGCCUUUGCCGAAGGACUCGUUGCCUAUAGACUUUCUGUAUGGUCUGGACGAGGUGGAAGAGGGCAGUAUUGCCGUCAACAUUCUCCCGCUUCUACUCGCUAGCAACUCCAAACAAGCUCAAACCGACACCAGGGCCCUUUCAUCACUGGACUGCCUCGCGCCACACUUUCGACUACUCCGUACCUGUGAACAGAGCCAACACAAGGGAGAUCUAGAGGGAAUCGACGCUUUGCUAGGCUGUCCGCUGGUCAGCUACAAGGCAGACAUGAUGGAACAGAUGGAGACAUUGACGCAGCAAGACCGUGACGUCAUCUGUAGCGCUCUCUUCUACACGGUGAACUGGUUUAGAGAGGUGGUCAACGCGUUCUCGACCCAGAGUGACCCUGAGAUGCGUGGCAAGACGUUAUCAAGGCUGAACGACAUAACCUGCCUACAGAAGCAGAUCGAGAGGGCACUACUAGCUACGCCUUUUUACGCACCAAGAACAGCCACGUUUGACAGUGAAGUCUCGCCGCCUUCCCCCUCAGCCGGCCAGGGUGCAGUCACCAAGAGAAAGAAAGGACGGAAAACAAGCAAAAAGAUUGAGAAAGUCGUCGAUAUAACAGAGAUACAGGAUCUUGAAAAGGAGAACGACAAAGAGUUGGAUGCAACAGCUGUGAGUGUCUCUGAGAAAACAAAGGACAAGAAUUCGUCGGCAAUCUCCAUAUCACAGUACACGCCCUAUCUCAGGGAGCUUGACAUGGAGGUCUUCAGUAUCCUUAAGUGUGGUCUGGUGUCUCGUGCCGUCCUUGACUCGAACAUGAAUACUGAGGAGACCACCAUUCUUCAGCUACAAGCACCCCAUCUCCACUUCCUGUUAGAUGAUCUGCACCGGAAGUUGAACUACUCACUGUCAGGCUCCGCUUCCUCCAGACGAUCUUUCCUAAAGACUCGUCACGAUAAGCAACUGGGAUUUUCAAACUUGUCACGCAAGUCAGCCAAGGAAGUCACGCAACAUGUGACAGACCUGCUCCCGGCAUUGUGCGAACACCUUGAGGCCACAAGCGCGUACUUCCAGACACUUCUCGCGGCUAAUGAUGGCGUCCUGGAUGGGCCAGGCCGGAACACGGAAGAAGCUUCACUAAUGGCCCAGUGCUUCAGCUUGCUGUUCAGCCUGCUCCAGACCUACUUCUCCUGGAGUGGUUUUUCAAGUCCAGCCAACCUUGGCGCCUUGAAGACAGCCGUCGGAGUUCUUGCGUCGAGAACUAAGUUAUCAAGUACAUCACAGCCAGACUUCCGUGAACAAAUCAAACAAGCGUUCCACUACUUGGAACAGUUUUCGGGUACAGUUCCAGACAUGGCUACCGCCCUGUCCCUUACCAAACUCCUAGUGGAAGUGAGUGAGCGGGCAGAGGACAAAGACAUCAACAUGGCAAUUGCCGAGUUAACCGGCGGGUUCCUGAAGCGAGAGUGGAUCAAGAGUAAUGGUGAGAAGGAGGGUGGCCAGAAGUACAACGAGGCCCUGCAGUACCUCUUACGGUUUCACCUGUCAUUCUCUGAAGACUCCAUGGCAACAGUAGAGGAGAUCUCAGCAGGUGCCUUGCCUGAGCUGAUGGAAGAAGAGAGCACUGGGGCGUCGACUUCUUACCCAACCCUGAACAGAUCCACGAUGCCGUCAUUCUAUCGCGCUAUGCUGGAAGAGCUUAACUCACAUCUUAAGCUAACUCAGGCUACACCUAUCAAGAGAGCUGACCUUGAACAGGCUCAAGAGCGACUCAUAAAGUUGAAUAUCGUUGUCAGAGAGUUCCAUAUUCUCAUCAACAUCGUCAAGGCGUUUGAACAGCGAUCUGUGCUCUCAUCAGCGCUCAAGUAUGGCCGUAUCUUUGUGGAAUCGUUUCUCAAGCUUGGUAUGCCGAUUCUUGAUCAGAUGCUGAGAUCUCACAAGGAUGAAGUUCACGGGCUUCUCAAGAACCUGCAGCAGAGUACGAGAUGCCUGCAACACUUCUGUAGUCACACCAAGGUUACUAAGGACAUUGCGCUGACCAAUCACGUGCCAGCUGUCAAGAGGACGCUAGAGCUGUUUGUUUUUCGAGUCAAGGCCAUGCUCACCCUCAACAAAUGCCACGAGGCGUUCUGGCUCGGCAACCUGAAGAACCGUGACAUCCAAGGUCAAGAGAUCCUUUCCCAGCAGUCUCAGCGCGCCGCCGACGACAAUCCCGAGGGGGAAGAGGAGGGGAUGGACAUGGACGAGGAAGACUUAGACGAGGUCGAGAGUGCUAGCGUCUUAAGCCACGAAACAGGAGCUAAUGAGGAAGAAGAACCAUCUUACAGUGAAAGUUUUUAACCAGAUGUUAGUCGAGAGUACAAUUUAAUUAACUAGCCUCACAUUUCUUCAAUUUAAAUGGAUGGGACAAUUCACCACAGAAACAAUACAAAAUCUUCAGGUAACCACGCGAUGGCGACUGGAUUAUGGUAAAUGGUGUUAUGGUGUUGGAGUCCUGUCAUCAACAGGGUGGUGAACAGGGGGUGUCUUUAGAUCUUUAAACAAUCCAUUUUUGUUCUUUCGGGGGUGGUCAGAUUUUUAUCAGAGAAUUCAUUCUCCCCCCUCCCCCCCCCAGGAAAAAUUAGGUCCACUUUUUCGGAUUUCGCACCCCCCCCCCCCCCCCCCCCAAGAAAAAUCCUGGGGACGGGCCUGGAGGCCCAGCGGAAAUCCACCCCCGGUUCGCAAUAGACGCGCUGGGGGCCCAGGGGGUGCGUUCGUACCUCCUACAAAGGCGGAAAUCCACCCCCGGUUCGCAAUAGACUACUCUGGUUCCGGAGCCUAGAACGUCUCUCGAUUUAGUUACUUUCGAGGCUCUGGAACCAGGGUAAGACAAAACAUAAAGCAUAAAAGAAUUAAAUAAAUAUAAAGCAUUCUAGAUCACUCUUGGGAAUCGUUUUUGUUGCCAAAUCCGAUAGUAAACGUCAUCCCGUGGUGAUACUACAAUGGCAUCAAGGGUCAAAUUUUUUAUCAGAAAACUCACCCCCUUCUAAACACCCCCCACCCCCGUCCACUUUUUCGGAUUUCGCACUCCUUGUCACCGGCAGUGACUCGCACCAACAUAACAAACACCUAUGUACGACUUCUGGACACUUUAUUACAUUGAACACGGUACUAGAAAAAAAAAAUACAGAUAUUAAGAUAUACAAGAAAAUAAUACAUAGUAGGUUUCGGUGGCGGAGUUACAAUACUGUAGUAUGAAAAAAGGUGAAUGAAAACGAUUUUACCUGUGCAACAAUUCUAAGGGCAAAUAGACAUAAAGGUAUGUUUGCCACCAACAUACCGGCCACCAAAGGACUAUAACAAGAAUGUCCUUUCCUUAACUAUAAUAAUAGAUCUAUGAGUAAACAUACAACUCUA